AUGGAGCCCUGGUGCUGGGCAGGGGUCCGUGGGCAGGGCCCUCAGGGUCCCCGAGUGCCUGGGGCCCGCCGCACCCGCACUCGCACCCACACCCGCACCCUUCUCCUGCUGUUGCUGCUGCUGCUGCUGCUCCUGCCUCGGCAGCCGACAGGUGCUCCUCCCCGACGCCCUCCCCCCGCCCCCCCCCACCAGCGCCCUCACCAACACGCCCAACCCUGGCAGCCUCUGACCCGGCUCCUCCGUGACCUUCUUUCCUCAGGCUGCUUGGCUGCAGGCGAGUCCCCGAGGACGCUGUCCACCACAGUCCCGACCGGGCCUGGAGUCUCCUGUGGCCCCAGAGCCACCUGUCCCUCAGACAGGCUUCGCCUUCCCCGGCAGGGCCAGACUCCACCGACGACCACAAGUGCUGCGGGCGUUCUUAGCACGAAACCCACCAAGCUCCCCUUCUGUGGCUACUCCCACGAGCCAGACCCUACUCUCAGGGACCCAGAAGCCAUGACUCGGCGGUGGCCGUGGAUGGUCAGUGUGCAGUCUAACGGCACACACAUCUGUGCUGGCAUCCUUAUUGCUUCCCAGUGGGUGCUGACUGUGGCCCACUGCUUGACCCAGUCCCACCAUGUUAACUAUACUGUGAGGGUGGGGAGUCCAUGGAUUGACCAGAAGACAAGAACCAGCUCAGACGUGCCAGUACAUCAGAUCAUUAUAAACAGCGGGUACCAACCCAGGCGCUACUGGUCUUGGGUUGGCCGGACCAAUGACAUUGGCCUCCUCAAACUCCAGUGGGGGCUCAAAUACAGCAAAUAUGUGUGGCCCAUCUGCCUGCCUGACCUGGAAUUUGUGGUGGAGGACAGUUCUCUCUGCACUGUGACAGGCUGGGGAUAUCCCAAGGUUGAUGGCAUGUGGCCCCAGUUCCGGUCCCUUCAGGAGAAGGAAGUCUCCAUCCUGAACAGCAGGAAAUGUGAACACUUCUACCACAAGUUCUCCAGAAUCCCCUGGCUGGUGCGGAUCAUCACCCAGCAGAUGAUCUGCGCCUCGGACACCAACAGGGAAAAGUUCUGUUAUGAGAUAACUGGUGAACCCUUGGUCUGCUCUUCAGACGGCACAUGGUACCUGGUAGGCAUGAUGAGCUGGGGCCCAGGCUGCAAGAAGAGCGAGGCCCCGCCCAUCUUUCUGCAGGUCUCCUCCUACCAGCCGUGGAUCUGGGACCGCCUUAGCGGGGAGGCCCUGGCCCUUCCAGCCCCACCCAGGACCUUGCUCCUGGCCUUCCUUUUAUUCCUCAGCCUUCUUGGCACUCUGUGACACUGCCAGGUCUCUCCUUGCCUUCC